AUGACAACAGCCCCAUUCCCCUUCCCACCAACUUACAACUUCCCCCCUUCUUCACCCCGCAACCAAAUACAACAACCCGACACUCACAGCUCGAGAAAUGCCCUGCGCAAGCGCCUUGAUCUGCGCGAGGCCCGCGCGGUCAUCGACUGGAUGACCAAGAGCGAAGAGGAAGGCGGCGGCGGGCGCCGAGCGGAGUGGAUCUCUGAUGCUGGGGGUAUGUCGUCUUCCGGGGGCUUGGGAAAUGGUGCCGGGCAGGGGCCAAAGGCUGUUGCGUGGAUUUGGUGGAGGAGACCUGAGGAAUGGGCGGAUGUCUUAGUGGAGUGGGUUGAGGGAACUGGGCAGAGGGGGUCAGUUCUGACGGUAUAUGAGCUUAUUCAUGGCGAGGGGGCUAUUUCGCAGGAGUUCCAUGGCAUGGAUACUGAUGUCAUGCUGCGCUCGCUGAAUGUCUUGGUUAAGAGGGGCAGGGCGCAGAUUUUUGGUGGUGAGGGCCAGGAGGGUGUUAAGUUCUUCUGA